GCAGUCAUGUUGUUUGCAGUGGCGCUUCUGUCGCUUGGGCAGCUGUGCGCCGCCCUUCCAGGAGGAAUUCCAGUGGUGCCGAUCAAGGGCGUUCACGGCACUGUGGAUUUCCCUCUGCUGGGAAUUGGGACCUGGCAAUACAACACUAGCGUUGCCAAGGAGACAGUUCUCUCUGCCUUCUCUUUGGGAUACAGACAUGUGGAUACAGCUGCAGCCUACCAAAAUCAGCGCGGGGUUGGCGCGGCCUUGGCUGAGACCAAGCUGGAGCGGGACGAGUUCUUCGUGACGUCGAAGAUUCCAGGAGGGCUCAAUGCCUCUGCGACGACAGCAGCCGCGGAUGCCUGCCUCGAGGAGCUGGGCCUGAAGUUCGUAGAUCUGAUGCUGAUUCACUUCCCGGCGGACUUCGGCAAGAAUGGGUCGGCAAAGGAGAGGCAGACGGAGUGGAAGGCCUUGGAGGCUUGGGCCAAGUCUGGCAAGGCGCGCGCGAUCGGGGUGUCUCACUACUGCCGUCGUCAGCUCGAUGAUGUGCUGAAGGUGGCGACAGUCCCUGUGGCGGUGAACCAGGUGCAAUAUCACGUGGGCAUGGGCACUGCCCCAUCAACCUCCACGGACGACCGGGACUACAUGAGGGCCAAGGGCGUGCUCUACCAGUCAUUUUCGCCCCUCUGCGGCCCCUGCGACGCUCCUGACAACACGGAGUUGCUGAAUGGCACCCUCGUGGCCAAGAUCGGCGCACGCUACAACAAAACCGGACCCCAGGUCGCACUGCGCUGGCUCGUUCAGCAGGGCAUCCCAGUGAUCCCAAAGAGCCAUGUUGCGAGCCACCAGAAAGAGAACAGCGACAUCUUUGAUUUCACGCUGCAGGAGCAGGACAUGGCCCUCCUUACCGCAGCCAAGCGACCAGCCGUCGGUGGCGGGCCGAAUGCUCGG